CUUAUUAACAGUACCACUUGCUUCCUUCAGUACCAUUGAUCGGAACUCCUUGUCGGAUAUAAUAUAGAAUGACGCAACUGGCAACCCUGUAAAUAUUACUUUAUUAAUAUGUGAUCUGUGGAGUCAAGAACCGAGUACGAAAGGUUGAGAGAUUAGCAAACUUUGCAAGUUGUUUUGUAUAUUUUUCUUUUCUAUAUUUCGUUUUAUAAAACGAAGAUUUGGUUCACAAUGGUUGAAGCACAGAAGUAUAGAAUUGAACAAGAAAUGACCAAUAUGGUCAAUGAAUUAGACCGGAGUCACUUGAGAAAAAUGCAGGGUGAUAUGCACAGAUGUGCUGCAAGAUGUUGUGAUGACCCAAAUUCCUCUUUAGAAAGAGUCCAUGGCUGUAUAGAAAACUGUACCUCAUCACUCAAUCAAGCUAAUAAUUAUGUCCAGAAUGAAAUCAAUGUUCUACAAAACCGACUCCAGAGGUGCGUUAUGGACUGCAAUGAUUCUGCUAGAGAUAGACUUGGGCCAGAACCAAGCCAAGAAACGAUUGACAAAUGCACAAUAGAUUUCGAGAAAUGUGCCGUGAAAUGUGUUGACAAGCACAUAGGUUUGAUUCCAAGCAUGUUGAAAACAAUGCGAAAAGUACUGGCGAGUGGGAAACCUCCCCCAGCUAGAUCUGAAUAAAAAUAUUUUUAUGUAGUGUAUAAAGAGUAUAGCAGAUACACAUUGAUAAGGCAUCAGGUUUACUUUUACAUACUAAUUUGUUAGCAUUUCUACCACAAACAGUAUAACUUACUGGAAAUAACUUAAUAUAAAGAAUGCUACUUGCAUGUUUUCUAUUACUAUAAAGAAUAUAUUGCUUUGUGUUCUUCUAUCUGAAUUAUAAAUAAUAGCCAAUGUAAUCGCCACUAAAAUCAUUACAAGUACAAUGGCUCUAAUACCUACCUCUAACAAUAAAAUAUUGCAUUUAUUUUUAUACUUAUGUUGCUCAGGCUAUGUUAAGAGUAACAUAAUAUCUAUGUAAAACUUCAUAAAAAUUAAACAAUGUUAAAUGAAUUUUGAACAAAGCAGCUGUGCAUCUAUUGUACUAUGUUGUACAGACUUUGAAUAUGUAAAACUAAGUUCCUCUUGGUCUACUGCACUUCCUUUUACACACAUAUUUUUUUCAGUAUGGAUAAACUUACUGUUUUGUACCCUAAAUAGAAAGUGUUACAAAAUACACUGAAAUCAUAAUUGUUACUGUUAACAUUUUGUAAAUACAUGUUUGUUUAGUUUAGAAA